AGAGUGCUAGAGUCCUUUAUUUACUAUUGAUCUACCUCGUCCUCGCUUAUCAAUAGCUUCCUCCUCUAACGCCGAAAUUGCUGUCCAUCCUGGGAGCGUGCAUCCGUCUGCAUUGUCGUGCAUACAACAUGGCGUUCUAGAAAUUAAAAUCUGCUGCAAGUACAAAUUUGUUGUCAUUGUUGUUAAGCUUUCCCAGGUUACAUCGGCAUACAUGCGAGAUUCCAUGUCGAUCACGAGAGAGUAUGGUAUUUGAGUAUAAAGUCAAUGAUAAUUGAGGAUUUGGCUUCCAUCAUCAAAGUAUUCAACAUGGUCAACAUUCUACACUUUUGCUUGUUUUUGACCACUACCGUCUUAGCAGCAAGUUCUGACUUCUUACCUCGUGAUACGAAUUACCAUUCCAAUUCUACGCUUCCUCUCUCGAAAUGUCCAGGUUACAAAGCUUCUAAUGUCAGAACAACAGCAUCAAGUCUUUCGGCAGACUUGACACUUGCUGGACCUGCUUGCAAUACUUAUGGUACUGAUUUGACAAAAUUGACCUUGAAAGUGGUUUAUGAGACUGGUUCGUACAUUUCAUCUUAGGCUUUUGCUUUUGCUAAUUAAAAUAGAUGAUCGUAUUCAUGUGGUAAUUCAAGAUCCGGAAAAUGUCGUCUACCAAGUUCCAGAAUCAGUUCUCCCACGCCCUGCUGAAUCAACAGUCAAUUCCAAAGAUGCUAAUAUUAAAUUUCAUCAUGUUAAUUCUCCAUUCUCAUUCUCGAUCACACGAGCAAAGACAGGCGAAGUUUUGUUCGAUACUUCCGCUGCAAGUCUUGUAUUCGAAUCACAAUAUUUGAGGUUGAGAACAAAAUUACCUUCAAAUCCAAAUCUCUAUGGUCUUGGUGAACACUCCGAUUCAUUUCGAUUGAACACUACAGAUUAUAUUCGUACAUUGUGGUCUCGUGAUGCCUAUGGAACUCCUACUGGUACCAAUUUAUAUGGAAAUCACCCGGUCUAUUUUGAGCACAGAGCUGGUGGUACUCAUGGAGUUUUUUUCAUGAACUCAAAUGGUAUGGAUAUAAUGGUCGACAAUGCGAAUGGAAGAAAUCAAUACCUUGAAUACAAUACUCUAGGUGGUGUUUUGGACUUCUAUUUCUUGGCCGGACCUGACCCUAUUGUCCUUUCUCAACAAUAUGCAGAGGUUGUUGGUUUACCUGCAAUGAUGCCUUAUUGGAGUUUCGGAUUUCAUAAUUGUCGUUACGGAUAUCAGGAUGCCUAUGCAGUGGCUGAAGUUAUUUAUAAUUACUCGAAAGCGGAAAUUCCUUUAGAAGUUAUGUGGACAGAUAUUGAUUAUAUGGAUGCACGAAAGGUAAUGGUAUCAAUUUUCAAAAGAGAGUGUGCAAAGCUAAUGUUAGUAAGGUCUUCACUCUCGAUCCUGAACGUUUUCCAUUAAAUAUGAUGCAAUAUAUCAAUCAUUAUCUUCACGAUCACGACCAGAAACAAAUCCUAAUGGUUGAUCCUGCUGUUGCAUACCAAAAUAACCCAGCUUAUCAGCGUGGAGCAGCCGACGAUAUAUUUCUCAAGCGAGAUAAUGGAUCUUUCUGGCUUGGUGUCGUAUGGCCUGGAGUUACUGUAUUCCCAGAUUGGUUCGCCAAAGGUGUACAAAAUUACUGGAACAAUGAGUUUUCAAUAUUCUUUAAUCCAACUAAUGGUGUUGAUGUUGAUGGACUUUGGAUUGAUAUGAAUGAACCAUCAAACUUUCCAUGUUAUUUUCCAUGCGAUAAUCCAUACGCAUCAGCAGUAGGAUAUCCUCCAGAACCACCGGCAGUUAGAACACCACCGCGUCCAUUACCUGGAUUUCCUUGCGAAUUUCAACCAUCUGGAACGAAAAACUGUACGUCCACAAGCAAGCGAACGUCAAUUGAAGAUAGAGAUCCUAAACCUAUACUGGAGACUCACGCAACUGUCAACAAGCAGGCACCUGGACAACAAAAAGGAUUACCCGGACGUGAUUUACUCUACCCCUCAUACGCAAUUCAUAAUGCCGCCGCCUAUCUCCCUUCCUGGAACGCCGCCAAAGGAGGAAUAUCCAACCAAACAGUCAACACAAACGUAAUUCACCAAAACGGGCUCGCCAUGUACGAUACCCACAAUCUCUACGGAACGAUGAUGUCCAGCUUCUCACACACAGCAAUGAUAUCUCGUCGUCCCAACGAGCGACCUCUAAUCAUAACCCGCAGUACUUUCGCUGGCGCUGGUACAAAAGUAGGACAUUGGCUGGGCGACAAUUUCAGCGAUUGGCUACACUACCGUAUGUCCAUCCGAGGCAUGUUAGCCUUCGCAUCAAUCUAUCAAGUCCCCAUGACGGGCGCCGAUGUCUGCGGCUAUGCCGAAGAUACCAACGAGGAGCUCUGUGCUCGUUGGGCUAUGCUCGGUGCUUUCACCCCCUUCUAUCGAAAUCACAAUGCAUAUCCACCUACCAUCAGCCAAGAAUUUUAUCUCUGGCCGUCUGUUACCGAAGCCGCAAAAAAAGCUAUUGAUAUCAGAUAUCGUCUUUUAGAUUACAUCUACACAGCUCUGUAUCGACAAACUCUCGAUGGAACCCCAUUAAUUAAUCCAAUGUUUUACCUUUACCCAGCUGAUCCUGCGACAUUUGCUCUGGAAACACAAUAUUUCUUCGGAAGUGGAAUACUCGUUAGUCCAGUAAUGGAAGCAAAUUCUACAUCUGUAGAGAUCUAUCUCCCAGAUGACAUCUUCUAUGAUUUUUACACUCAUGUGCCUAUUCUCGGACAAGGAAAUACGAUAAAGAUCACGGAUCAAAAUCUUUCAUCAAUACCUCUUCAUUACCGUGGCGGAGUUAUCGUUCCUCAAAGAAUCGAAAGCGGAAUGACGAUAAAUGAAGUCCGGAAGAAGAAUUUCGAAAUUAUUGUUCCAGUGGAUAGGAAUGGGAUGGCGAAGGGUGAAUUGUAUUUAGAUGACGGGGUUAGUGUUGUAGGGGAAGGAUAUGCGUAUUCAUUAAUUAAUUUUUCAUGGGAUGGGAAGAUUUUUGAUGUAAAGGGACAUUUUGGGUUUGAUUCUGGUGUGGGUAUUGAACGGAUUGUUUUUCUGGGACUAGGGACUGGAAAUGGGAAUGGGACGGUUGCAUAUGGGAGAGGAUAUGCAAUGAAUGUGAAUGCGAAUGAGAGUAAGAAUGUCCAGGUAAAUGAACAAGGAGAUAUGAUCAUUCAUAUAGGAAAAGAAUUAAAUGGGGAAUUUUCGAUUACGGUUUGAGUUAUGGGGUGGGGGAGGUGUGUUUAUGGAUUCUAUAGGAUGGGAAGUAACAACAUGUGAAUAUUCAAACAUAUAUUAAAU